AUGGCGGCAACUCUGAGGAGCCUCGGGACCAAGACGAGGACUUGCAGGAGGGCCAUGAGGUCGUACGAGGAGUAGGUGGAGAAGGAGUCGGCUAACACCGCAGCCAUGAAAGAGAGAGGCGCAGAUCCCUACGAUCUCAAGCAGCAGGAGAAUGUCUUGGCUGAGUCAAGGAUGAUGAUCCCAGACUGCCAUAAGCGUCUUGAAGCCACACUGGCAGAACUGGAAGCAACUCUGGCUGAAUUGAAGGAGUCAGAAGAGCAAGGUGUCGAGAUAGGAGAGGCGGAGACCGUGAUCACAGAAGUUGAAACUGUAUCCGAGCAAUUCGAAGAUAAACUCACUAGUCAAGAGCGCCGCUUGUUUGGACUAUCUGGACCAGGGGAAGGUCUCACGAAAAAUGGCAUAAGCCGCAACAGGCGCAGGCCUGAGCUGCCAAAUUCGAGAUUUUACCUGUGCAGAUCAAUUAGUUUAAUUAGCUAUAUUGAACUUCGCAGUGCCGGAGCAGAGAUGCAGUGUUACUAUCUAGUCAAGGAGAGGAGGAUAUUUGUAAGAAAGAAAAAGGAGAGGAGGAGCUCAGUAAUUCACACCAUGACAUUCUCGGCCUAUCAACUGUGA